AUGCUGCACGAGUGCAUCUUUUUCCUGGCCCAAUCCGAGACCAUCAGGUUCAGGACACUGCAAUGUUUCAUGCUGAACGGGGUCAUUUUCCUCGGCAGCAUCCUUCUCUUCAACUUCGCAAUAGAGCCAGCACUGGGCAUCCUGAGAAGACUUGUCCAGGAAGAAGAAGUGUGGGCUACCGAGUUCAUCGCGACAUCCUUCUCCUUUCUCUACAAGAUUCUGUGGAUCUAUCCCAUCUACUGCAUCUCUUUCGUGCUCAACACGGUCAUGUACCAAGAGAUAGCUGACAGCGCGCUUGCCUUCGCGCAGUGCACGCCGACCAAAGCCACGCCGCACCUAGAACGGCUGAUUCAAGAGACCUGGCGAGUAUUGGUGAAUCUGGUCUACUUGCUGGAGAUGUACCUGGUCACAGCCUCCUUUCUCGGGCUGUUGAGUGUCAAGAUCUUGAAGAGUUCGCCAAGACAUUGGGUCAGAGUCGUGUGGAGAGCUACCGGUACACCGCACAAGAGUCGCAGGCGGUAUAUGCUGCUGCACAGCGCUUCGUUGUAA